GCGGGCGCCGCUCUCGGGGCCUCUUCCCGGCGGCGAGGCGGAGCAGCGGCAGCAGAGACGCGGCGGCCUCAAGGACUGAGCCGGCGGCCCCGCUCCGGCCGGGCCGGCGGAGGAUUUAGGAGUUGAAAAGGCACUGAUUUGCUUCUAAGCUAAAAGCAUCACCAUGUCCAAAGAGGUGAAAGAACUCCAGAAACGGUGGCACGCAAUGAUGGAUACGGUUCACAGCAAUUCUCAUGUUGUUGCUUUUAUGAACUCCAGAGUUGGCCAGUACCUAGAUGAUCACCCUUUUGUUGCCCUCUCCCUGCUGGUAUUUAUUGCAGCCUCAGCCAUUCCAAUCGCAUUUUUUCUGGUGUUUGUUGUCACUACAACGGUCCUGGCCUGCAUCGGAGUGAUCGUCAUGGAAGGCGUUGUAAUAUCUCUGGGCGGCGUCACCUUGCUUUGCAUUCUUGGUGGACUGGGCAUGCUGUCCCUGGUGGUUUCCGGAGUGCUGAGUGUUUGCUACUUGUCUCUUACAACCCUGCUCGGCUACUGGCCCAUUCAAGAGGGCCUGUCAAAGAAAGAGAUUGCCAACGGAAGCUGUUUUGUCUCAAGCAUCGUUUAUGACGACCCAGAAACUGCUAACGAGUGAAUAAAUUGAGUGGCUGCUUGAAAUGUUUCUUAGGGUGGCACUUUAAAAAAAUGUAGCUGGGAAGGCAUUCUUGUUACUCUGUAGAAUUGUUUACCCGUCAAGAUGAUCAGGGUUCCUCAUUAUGGGAACCGGAGAAAAAUUUCUCCCAAGGCCGCUGCAGCGAUAGCUGAGCCUUCGUUCAAUUGAUUUGGGAACCUGAGUUUCUCGGCAGCUUUUAGGCAGGGCUUCCGUGCACGGCUGCUCCUGCUGCUGCUGGUUUCCAGCUCAUCCACUCUUCACUUUGAUAGGCCAAGGAACCCAAUGACAGUGUUGAUUUCAGUGUGGGGAGUGGGACAGAGGAACCUCUUUAAGCCUGAUGACAUUGCUGGUAAUGGCAAACAGAACAGAAAUACGGGCAGCAGCGAAGACCCCCCGUUGAAGCAGGUAUCUCUCUUUAGGACUAUGUUUUGGUUGGGAGUCAUACAUUUUUGGUUCUUUGUCUCUAGGGCACUUGGGGAUGAUGUUCUGCCAUUUGUUUGUUUCUCAUCGUACCAGGCGUUUAGUAGCUUUGCAAAAUGCGCAAUUGUUAAGCACAGUGCCUUCUUUUAUGCAGGCUUUAGAAUAUAGGUCAUUCUAGCCCUGGUCUGCAUAUUUUCACUUAAAAAAAAAACGUGUUUUCCUCCUCCUCCUUUGGUGAAGCUGUCAUCAGGUACACUUUUGCCACUAAACCAUUGUUUUUCAUCCAA